CGUUGUCAGAUAGUAGGAACUCUCGCCGUUGGGGGUGAGGGUUGUGCAGUUUCCAAGCGAUGUGUACGCGUCCGGAUACGGUGGUUUGGUGAGUGGAAUGAUUAGCGUUCAGUGAAGCGGGAACCGAUUUGUUUUUGGAGGAUGCAGCGGGCUGCGUGACAACCCGCCCGCCGGCCUGGCGCAGUAGCGGGGAUGGUGACAUCUGUCAGCAGGUGAACUUACCAGCACCUGAUAAACCCGAGAUUCUGCACUUAACUACAGGCUUCCAACUUCUUGCGUGUCUUAUCUGCACUGGUUUCUCUUAAAGAAAACAAGAUGGCAUUUCAGAAGAUUGCUGGAGGGGCAUUUCUUCUUGGGGGCAGCACCCUGACAACAAUUUUAGGUCUUUCCCAGAUAAUUGACAGCAGGACAAAGGGGGCCCGCCUUUCUUAUGUUGAAGCAUCAGAACUGUUAAACAGGGAAUAUCCUCAAACUGAACUCCCAUCCAGAGAAGCUCAACUGUACACUUUACGGACCACCAAGGAGUUUGAUGUCCUUAUUAUUGGGGGAGGGGCAACGGGAUCUGGCUGUGCUCUGGAUGCUGUUACUAGGGGUCUCAAAACUGCACUGAUAGAGAGAGAGGACUUUUCUUCUGGAACAAGUAGCAAAAGCACUAAACUUAUACAUGGAGGAGUGCGAUAUCUACAGAAAGCACUCAUAAAUUUAGAUUACGAGCAGUAUAGACUAGUGCGAGAAUCACUACGAGAACGUGCCAAUUUGCUUGAAGUUGCUCCUCAUAUUGCAAGACAGUUACCUAUAAUGCUUCCUCUUUACAAGUGGUGGCACUUACCUUAUUACUGGGCUGGGAUGAAGAUGUAUGAUUUUGUGGCUGGAAGUCAGUGUUUGACAAGUAGUUACAUCCUUACCAAGUCAAGAGCUCUGGAACUAUUCCCUAUGCUGAAAAAAGAAAAGCUUCUAGGAGCCGUUGUGUACUAUGAUGGACAACACAAUGAUGCACGAACGAACCUUGUGAUCGCUCUCACUGCCGCCAGGUAUGGUGCUGCCAUAGCCAAUUACGUUGAAGCAGUGAAGCUCCUGAAAAGCACAGAUCCGGACACUGGAAAACAAUAUGUAUGCGGUGCAGAGUGCAAGGAUGUUGAAACAGGGGAAUUGUUUCAAGUGAGGGCCAAAUGUGUUAUCAACGCUACUGGACCUUUCACAGAUACGCUGCGUGAAAUGGAUGAUAAAGGAGUCAAGAAGAUUUGUCAGGGCAGUACUGGAGUACACGUUGUCUUGCCUGGCUACUAUAGCCCUGAAGCAAUGGGACUGCUGGAUCCAGCAACUAGUGAUGGCAGAGUUAUAUUCUUCUUACCUUGGGAAGGAAUGGUCAUUGCAGGAACCACUGAUACACCAACGGAGAUUACAACUAAACCAAUUCCACACGAGGAAGAGAUUAACUUCAUUCUCAGUGAAAUACGCAAUUAUCUGAGUCCAGAUGUCGAAGUAAGAAGAGGAGAUGUGCUCGCAGCCUGGAGUGGCAUUCGACCACUGGUGUCUGAUCCCAACUCAAAGGACACCCAGUCAAUCUCUCGCAAUCAUGUUGUGACAGUGACUGACAGCAAACUGGUGACUAUUGCAGGUGGUAAAUGGACCACUUACCGUAUAAUGGCAGAGGAUGCAAUAAACGCUGCUGUCAAAUCUUGUAACCUGAACCCAACAGUACCAUGCAAGACGGUUGGACUACUACUAGAAGGAGCCCAUGACUGGUCUCCCACUCUUCACAUCAGAUUGGUGCAAUACUAUGGACUAGGUGCCGAGGUGGCACGCCAUCUUGCCUCUACCUAUGGGGGAAGAGCAUUUGAGGUGGCAAAGCUGGCUCAGGUUACGGGAAGGAAGUGGCCUUUAGUUGGUAAACGUUUGGUGGCUGACUUCCCGUACAUUGAAGCAGAGGUACGAUAUGCCGUGAAAGAGUACGCACGCACUGCUGUGGACAUCCUUGCACGCCGAACACGACUAUCUUUCCUGAAUGUGCAGGCUGCCGAAGACGCUCUUCCCCGCAUUGUGGAGUUAAUGGCUGCGGAACUGAACUGGAGUGAGAAACGGAUUCAGGAUGAGCUAAAGGCUGCCAAGGAGUUUCUGUACUAUGAAAUGGGUUACAAAGUUCGGUCCGAUCAAUUAGGCAACACUGAAAUAAACCUGUCACCUGCAGAUGUCGACAGGUAUAAGAAAAGGUUCCAAAAAUUUGAUGGUGACAGGAAAGGUUUUAUCACAACGCUUGAUGUCCAGUGCGUAUUAGAGAGUAUUGGCUAUCAGGUGGAUGAGGCAACUCUGCAUGAAAUGCUAACGGAAGUUGAUAUAAACAAGAAUGGACAGGUAGAGCUAAUUGAAUUCUUGCAGCUGAUGAGCGCAAUCCAGAACGGCUCAGUGUCUGGAAGCAGAUUAGCUAUUUUGAUGAAAGCAGCUGAAGAGAAUCUGAAUAGAGAAUGUCCGAUUCCCGUAUCCCGCAGUGGAGGGGGCCUCUGAGUUUUGGUUCACCAAAUGAACCAUGAGCCUCGCGGAAAAGUAUGCUUCUCUGCGGCCGUCGCCACUGCUGCUGCAAAGCUUGGUGUUGCCAGCCCUUUUCCUUUUACGCUGUCGAGGAUUUACUCCAUUGGAACAUAAUGCAUUAAAUUCUGUAACUUCUGUCUUAACGUCAUUACUUUGAACAUUACACUUCAGUAAAUGCACUGAAUAGUUCUGACAGCUUUAAGUGCAGUGUAAGCUUUUAUAAUUCAAGCAAUUGGAAACAAAAGUUUGUAUUUUAAUAUGAGAUUAACUUUUCCCUUUUAUGGGAAUAGAUAUAUUUGUGCCAAUGUGGUUGAUGUAAAGUAACUCAUAAACUCUCACUUUUUAUGGGCAUCAUCUCAGAAGGAUAACUUUUUUCCCGUUAAUUUCAUUUGCGCUUGAAUUUGUGAUGUCAACAUUCUGCUGCUACUGUCCAUUCUCAAGAUCACAUGUUACCAAACCUGAUAAUUCAGUGGCUUCAAAAUACUUAAUGUUGCAAUCAGUUGUUGAAAGAGUGAGGUUUCUCUCAUCUCAUAAUGGGCUAAUAAGUAUCCAUUUUUUAUAAUGAUUAUCGAUUGUACUCCUUUCAAGCCUGUUCAAUAUCUAACCAGUUUACUGGGAGUUAUUGAUUUUUAAAAAAAUUGUAUGAUGUGUACAGGACAAUGAAUGGUAAUUUACCAGGAAAGAAGUUGGAUCUUCGAGCAGGAAAUGAGAGUGGAGGAGAGUCAUGUUGCUGUUCACCACCUUAGGAGCAUCUAGAGCAGGGCUUCCCAACCUGGGCUCCAUGGGACUCCUCCGUUAAUGGUAGGAGUCUAUAGCAUAAAAAUGGUUGGGAAGUCUUGAUCUAGAGUUAUUGGAUCUUGCCAUGAAACAAAUAUGUUAAUGAAGGAAGCAUAUCUUAAAGAAACAAUCAGAGGCCGCCAGCAUCCCUUUAUGUGCAGAGUAGGAAGCCGAUGCAGUCCUUCACAGUCAUGUCAGUACUGUCCUCCACUUCCGUCCACUCCUCAAGACUGAGCUCUCCCACAAUGACCAGUUACUGCUGCAGGAGGCUUCAUUGAUGCCAGCAGCUUGCUUUGAUAGCUAAGUGGCAACUUGGAACCAGGAUUCAGAAGCAAAAUACUGCAGGUGCUGUAAAUCUGAAAUUGAAACUGAAGAUGCUGGAAAGACUCAAGAGGUCAGCAAGCAACAUUGGCAAGUGAAACCGGACAACAUUUCAGAUUGAUGACUUUUGAUUAGAACUAUAUAUAUAUCAUGGCUAAUCCUUUGUAUUACAGUUAUCUAUUUAGGCAAGCUAGUCAACCGCGUACUCAGUUGACCUCCAAAAAUGUGAAGUAAUUAUUGCAGAUUUGAUUACUUCAUUGUAUGGGUGCUUUUGUAACGUUGCCCACAUCUGCUGAUUGGGCCAUAACUGUGAACUGCUGCUAAUCAGCUGGUAAAACACAAUCAAUAGAAGUGUGGCAAUGAGGUAGUAAUCAUGGAGAACCUAUGGCUUUUAUUUUAACACCAGGACUGAGGCAAAAGCAUUUCAAGUUCAGGGUAUUUUAUUGCAAAUUCCCCUCCCCCAACCACUCAGUGCCCCUUACAAGGAAGGAGGCAUGAAGAAGUCUGGGAGUUCAGUUGACCUUGACCACCAACUAACAUGCAGGUAGGCAAGAGACAAUACUUUAGCUACCUUCCCUCUGCCAUAUAGCUGUAAUAUAUUUUGUGUUGUACUUUCAUACCUAUGCAAAUGAUUGAAUGCAUGCAUUGGGCAUAUUAAAGCACAGGCCACAGUGUAAAGGCUGAACCCCUUCUGUGUUUCGGAUUACAGUGGAGAAUGAUAGAUCAUAUGUACCUACGAGCUUUCACUGAAGUAUACCUUCCCUAUUUGGACUGUGGAGAAUCACUGUGCAGGAGAAAUCUUCUUGUUAUCCAUUCAUAGUCAUAAUUUCUCCCCAUCAACCCAAUGAUUUCCAUUAUUGCCUUAGCUAUCCUCACAUCUGUUGCACAGUGGAUGUCUACUUUUCUUGAAGACAGGUCUGAAACAAACAACCAUCUUUUAUUGAAAUAAAUGUCUACCUUCCACGUCAAUGGGGAGAAAAAACUAGCGUGCAUUGAAUCACUAAAAAGAAAAUCUGCAGAUGCUGGAAAUCCAAGCAACACACACAAAAUGCUGGAGUAACUCAGCAGGCCAGGACCUGCCAAAGAGUCUCAGCCCAAAACGUCGACUGUACCUUCUUCCACAGAUGCUGCCUGGCCUGCUGAGUUCCUCCAGCAUUUUGUAUGUGUAGCGUGCAUUGAGUUAUAGGUGGCCUGAUUGGGCUUCCAUGUCUGGCUGUGAGUGUAUCCUGUAAUUUGCUUUAUAGAAUAUUAGAUAAUAACUAAGAGCUGAAGAAAUACAACUUAGCUUAUUUAAAUAAAAGUAAAUGGCCAUUAUUACUUCAGUCACUGAAAUUGAAAGACCCAUAGACUGCAAAAUGAAAUAUUAAGAAUCCCUUAAAUGCUGUGUUCAUGUGUUUGUUCUCUUGAUGUAAGUGCAUGGUUGUGUGACCACAGAUGUGAAUAGAAAUCUACACAAUAUGCAUUUCUGACACAACCUUCAAAUUCAAUUCCGGCAAGACUUUCUUCCCAGUUUUUAAAGAAAACUUAAAGUGAAAUUCUAAUGCCUUUUUUGUGAUAAUAUUUCUUGUGAUGUUUGGGAGUUAAGGUGAUGCUUUAUUCAAAGUCUCUACAUCUGUUUCCUUUUUAUUGGUGCUCUUUCUAACUUAUUUUUGAACUGUUGAUUUUGUAUUUAUCAGAUUAUACUGUUCAACGGCAGAUCACAUUUCACAAUAUUAAAAGUGAGGAAAGAAUACACCACAAAUGGCACAAUGUUAGAAUGAAAGUCAAAGCAAUAACAGGCAUUUGCAAUGUAAUUGUUUUAUUGUAACCAAAAAGCAAACAAACACAUCUUCCCGGGAAACUUCAGGAAAGUUACUUUGUACAUGAAGACAUUGGAUCUUUUCAAACACAUUGUUAACAAAAGAUGUUUCUGGAUGUCUGACUGCUGAUUCUGCACAAAGUACUGGGCUUAGAUUAGAUUCAAAUUUCUCUGUGCACAAACUAAACUCAUUCUUCAGAACUUUGCGUCACUUAUUUAAAAAAUUCCAUGUGUUUUAGUAAAGUAAUAAAUAGUUUGUGCAAAUUGUGUGUAUGUGUAUAAUGUGUAAAAUGUAUGUAGUGCACUAUUUAAACUGGAAAAAAUAUUCAGGUGUACUUAGUUUGUGGAUUUGUGGACUAUCUGCUUUUUUCUUAUUGUUUAAAAACACAUUUAUGAAUAAGGUUAGGAUAUCCCCAGGAGUUUUGCUUACUGGCUGGAGAUAAUCUACCUGAGAUUAAUCUUAACUUUCAGUGUGUUAAAGGAUUGGUUUGAUUGUACUGUGCUUUUUUUGUUGUUGCACAUUUAUAACAAUCUUAGUAGCAGGCACCUUUACCUAAAUUUGUUGAACAUAAGACCAUCUUUACUUUUAAAUAAUAACUGAGAAUUUUAAAAACUCAUAUGAUUCAGUAUCAGUUUGUCAAAACAGACAAUUCCUCCCCAAAAGUGACUUCUUAGUCAAAAUUAUACUUGUCAACAUUUCAAGAGAUUAAUUAAUUUAAAAGUCUUCAUAAUACUAGGUGUUCAAAUUCAUUUGUACUAAGGAUGAACCAGCAAACUGUGGAAAAGAAUGUUGAAGAUCAAAACAUUCCUCUACAUAUGAUAGUUCUGCAGAAUUUUAUACUCAACCUCAACACUUUGUUGUGAAUCAGUCAAUUAAUAUUGUGAUGUCUGUAUUUUAAUUUUUGUGGGUUUUGCUAGCAAGAUUCUCCUUUGGAGAUUUAAAUGAGUGCAUGCAAUUUUGAAAUAUUUUCCGAAUGUGCCUUGUUUUUAACUGAGAAAGAUUUUAAGGAUGUGAAUCAAUAUCUGAUGUGUGAAGCAGUAACUAGUUUUGUUUAUUCCCAAAUAUAAAUAAAAUACCUAUACAG